AGGAAGUCAAAGAUCUCUGCCUCCCGUAAACUCAUGCUGAAGAGCAUGAUGGUGGCCAGAGCUAAAGAGGAACUAGAGCAGGAGAUCUUAGAUAAAGAGGAAGAGAAGCAGAAGUACCUGGCAGAGAAAGCUCCUCCCCUCCAGACCAGUGGGAUGUCUUUUACUGAACUACAGGAACUCUGUCGUGAGCUGCAUGCCAAGAUUGAUGUGGUAGAUGAAGAACGGUAUGACAUUGAGGCCAAAGUCAAUCUCAACGCUCGCGAGAUAAAGGAUUUAAACAUCAAAGUUCUGGAUCUGAGGGGGAAAUUUAAACGACCCACCCUGAGAAGAGUGAGGGUCUCUGCUGAUGCAAUUCUUCGCUCUCUCCUGGGCUCCAAACACAAAGUCUCAAUGGAUCUGAGAGCCAACCUCAAGUCUGUUAAGAAAGAGGACACAGAGAAGAAGCGACCAGUGGAGGACAGUGACUGGCGUAAGAAUGUGGAGGCCAUGUCUGGUAUGGAGGGGAGGAAGAAGAUGUUUGAUGCAGCUAAAGGUCCCACCCAGUGA